UUUCAGUUGUAAUAUAACACCCUCCAAGGCUAGACCAAAGAAAAAACUUAAUCUCUUGUCGGAAAUUUUUAUAUUCGGUAUAGCCUUAACCAAAUUUCUACUCGAAACUUCCCGCAGUGUACGUGAGGUGAAGGAUAGUGGUUUAUUGAAAAAAGAACCACACCUUUAAGGAUCGUGCACUAUGUUUAUUCCAACAAUAUCAGCUUAGAAACCUCACAUAACCUUUGUGUUUUGCGCUGUCGAAUUCAGUUCUAUCAUUUGCUGCCAAAAUUAGUGAUUCUAAUUACUGCUGAAUCUUAAUAUUUCCAUUUCAUUCAUAUAGAAAGCUAAAAUAGAUGAUUUAUUUUUUUCUUUUUAUUAAAGAGCUCGGUGUUGUGUAGUGGAUGGUUGUGUCUAUAAUGCUGCUGAGGAACCUCAAUUACUCGUGAUCCGUUAAUGGAAUGAGUUGUCAGCCAUGUGAUACCGAAGGGGAGAGCCUUUCCGGGAGCAGAGCUGAAAGAGUCCACGUGUUGGGAUCUGAAAGCGUCGUAAUACUCGUGGGUCGGUCUGCUUUGAACACAGAAAGGGCAUGGGCAACCGAUAGGUUCGGUGAUCGGGGUCAAUCAGAGUUGGGGUUUAAGCGGAGGUUGGGAGUUUUUCCAGAGGGUUUUGGUAUGGCCAUUGGUAUUUUAACACAGAGAAGAGAGGAAAAUUACAUCUAUAUCAACGAUUUCUGAGAGAUUAGGAGAUAGAAACAAAUGAGACACAGAAAAUGUGGACCUUGAUCAUUGGCCUAGAUCCCAAGUGAUUUAUGGAGCUUUCAUAGGUUCGGAUUAAGUUUGGAUGUUUCUAGAUUUUGUGGGAUGGUUACUAAGCUAUGGUUAUUGGCAAUAGACUAGAUUAUGGUUUCAAUGGGUAUCAGGUGCCCCCAAUGCCACGAGCUACCAGAUCAGCUAGGAGAAAUGGUACUACUAGAAAGAGCGUUGAUGACAAACAAAUGCAUGCAUUUGACUUGCUGGCCUCUGCAGCUGGAAAUUUGUUGCGUGAGAUGAGUCCCCCAUCGUUUCGUGACACAUCAACUGUAAAAGGUCAUGAUCAAGAUUGUAGUUUAAAGGAAUAUUUUUCUUCACAUGAAGAAUAUCCUUCAGCAUUUCCUCCUGAUGCUAUGAUUUCUUAUGCUACAAUGAACACUUCAACUUCUCAGAGUGUUGAUGCUGAAAAUUUGACGAACCAGAAAACCAUUGAAAUUGGAAAUCUUGUUAAUGAAGUUGGCUUUGCUGGUCACACCAAGUCGUGUGAUCACAAUUUAGAUGGUGUAAACAAGAAUAUAGUGGAAGAUAAAUCUGAGAAGGUGAUGAGUGGUGCUGAGUUUGCAAUGUGCAGGUCUUCAGAUCCAGUAAUCUGUGAUUGGAAACCACACAUGUGGGUGUGCUCGGAAAAUGGUUUCAAGGUAUCAUCAUGCAAGGACCACGGUCCUCAGCACCCUUGUCCCACAAGUCAAGAAGUAGUUGGAAGAGAUGAUGACAAUAACACCUUUGGGUGCAUUUACCCAACUACCACAAGAAAUUCUUUCUGGACCGCUCCUCAUAUCAGAGGCCGUAGAAUAAGAAAGAUAUUGGCGUCAAAGAGCUGGAAGGUUGCUGUGAAGUAUGGAGCUGAGAGACCUAAUAUUGGUGGGUAUGCAAGGCAAUUUUACUUCAACAAGAGAAAAUUCUACAAGAACCAAAGAUCUCAAAUGAAUAUCCCUUUCAAAAAAAGGAAACUCUUUGAUGGUUGCUUAUCAGAUUCAGAUUGUAACCAUAGAAGAAUAGUUGAGAGAAUUUCUGAAUCAACUGAGAAGAGAAGGGAAUCUUCUGUGCAUGGGAAAUCAUCUUUAGUUGCAGGACAUCAGGGGGAUUCUCGUGUGAAGCUGAGGAUAAAAUCUUUCAGGGUACCUGAACUUUUCAUUGAGAUUUCUGAAACUGCAACUGUCAGUUCACUGAAGAGGACUGUGAUGGAGUCAGUGAGCACUAUUAUUGGUCAUGGUAUACAUGUCGGCGUACUUUUACGGGGAAAGAAGGUCAGGGAUGAUAGUAAAACCUUAUUUCAGUCCGGAAUCUCUCAUGAUAACCAGGAUGAGUCCCUGGGAUUUACACUAGAGCCUCAUUCUUCACACCAUGGAGAGUCUCCCCCUACAUUUCCUUGUAGUAGUACACCUGAGGCUGUAACCAGGCGCCCUCCCAAUCCAACGGCAGAUUAUCCAGGCAAUAAUUCUGCAUUGUUGCGUGAGGCUCAUGCGACCAAGGCGAGUAAUUCAACUGAGAGUGCUUCUGAGCCAGUCCCCUCUCUUGCUUAUACGCCAGCUGAGGAAAGAUCAUCAGAUUCUAAAGCACUGGUUACUGUACCAGCCAUGGCUGUGGAGGCAGUAGCUGUAGUUCCAGUCGGCCAAAAAUCUAAACAAUUUGAGGUUGGCCACCGCAGAAUGCGUAGACCGUUUUCUGUUGCAGAAGUGGAAGCCCUGGUUCAUGCUGUUGAAACACUUGGCCCUGGAAGGUGGCGUGAUGUUAAACUACGAGCAUUUGACAAUGUUAAGCAUCGUACUUAUGUUGAUUUGAAGGACAAGUGGAAAACAUUAGUGCAUACAGCAACAAUAUCCCCUCAGCAAAGGAGAGGAGAACAAGUUCCUCAACAACUUCUGGACAGAGUCCUCAAAGCCCACUCUUAUUGGUCUCAACACCAACUCCUCACAAAGCUUCCUCCACCAACCAAAUCCAUACCAUAUAAUAAGACACCCGCGGAGCUGCUAUAACGUCAAUCUCGUUGAAGUCGAAAAACAGUCUAUUUUGAGCAUGUUCAUUUCCUCGCGUGAUUAAGGUUCAUGAGAAGAUUGAACUGACAUGAGGUAAGCUCGAUGUUUUGGGAAAAACUCUU